GGGGCAUCAUUGGCCGCUUGGUUAGUGGCGUUGGUCAUGUUUUUGUGUCUUUGAUAGAUAUCGACAGCGACUAAGUUAUAUAUCUACCUGAACAGUCCAAUUUUCCGCCGCAGAAUUAUAUUUGAAACAUUUUUUCAGCACAAUGACAGAGGAUGUCCAGAAGCACUCGGUUCACACUUUGGUCUUCAGAUCUCUUAAAAGAACUCAUGACAUGUUUGUGUCCGACCAUGCUAAGGGUGUCGCACUGGAUGAGGAAAGCCAUAAUGUAAAGAUGGGCAUUAAACUGAAAGCGGAGUAUGGUCCAGUUUUACACAUGCCCAUCCUAAAGGAAGGAAAAGACAGAGUCUUGCCACCCAUUGGCAGCCUGCAAGGCCACCAAAUCUACUCUCAGCCAGGCGAUGACCCAGAAUACCUGAUUACUGGCACACAUGCGUAUCCCUCUGGACCUGGAGUGGCUUUGACAGCUGACACAAAGAUGCACAGGAAUCCCAGUGAGGCCGGGGUCCACUCGCUGGCGCUGGCUUUACCACCUUCUCAAGCUCGACAGGAAGCCAGCCGCACUGCUGCCAGCAUUGCCGACAUCCAUCGACACGCAGGAGGAGCAGAGAGAGCUCAUCCUCAGUCUACUGCAGUGGUAGUCCUGCAUUUACUCAGCCAAUCGCUCCUGGAUGGAGGCACCACCAGAAAUUCUGCUCUCCUGAGGAGAGCUCCAACAAUGCCUAAACCCCAGUGGCACCCCCCGUGGAAACUGUUUCGGGUCAUCAGCGGCCACCUGGGCUGGGUCAGGUCCAUCGCCGUGGAGCCUGGAAAUCAGUGGUUUGUCACGGGAUCGGCUGAUAGAACGAUAAAAAUCUGGGACCUGGCCAGCGGAAAGCUUAAACUCUCCCUGACCGGGCACAUCAGCACAGUCCGUGGUGUGGCGGUGAGCAGCCGCAGCCCUUAUCUGUUCUCCUGCGGAGAGGACAAGCAAGUCAAAUGUUGGGAUCUGGAGUACAACAAGGUCAUCAGGCACUACCACGGACACCUGAGCGCUGUGUAUGAUUUGGAUUUGCAUCCAACCAUCGAUGUGCUUGUGACAUGCAGCAGAGAUGCCACUGCUAGGGUCUGGGACAUCAGGACAAAAGCAAACGUGCACACACUAACCGGUCACACCAACACUGUUGCCACCGUGAGGUGUCAGGCAGCAGAGCCUCAAAUCAUCACUGGCAGCCACGACUCGACCAUCAGACUUUGGGACCUGAUCGCUGGAAAGACCAGAGCGACUCUAACAAACCACAAGAAGUCUGUCAGAACUCUGGUGCUGCACCCCAGACAAUACACAUUUGCCUCCGGCUCAGCCGACAACAUCAAGCAGUGGAUGUUUCCAGACGGAAGCUUUAUCCAGAAUCUGUCAGGCCACAACGCCAUCAUCAACACUCUAGCUGUCAACUCCGAUGGCGUGUUGGUGUCCGGAGCUGACAACGGAACCAUCCACAUGUGGGACUGGAGGACGGGAUACAACUUCCAGCGGAUUCACGCAGCCGUACAGCCCGGAUCUCUGGACAGCGAGUCGGGAAUCUUCGCCUGCAUGUUCGACCACUCGGAGAGCCGCCUGAUCACCGCCGAGGCCGACAAGACCAUCAAAGUGUACAAAGAGGACGACAUGGCUACAGAAGAAAGUCAUCCAAUCAACUGGAAACCAGAAAUUCUCAAAAGAAAAAGAUUCUAGAGAUGUUUUAUUUUAUUUCCUCCUUUCUUUUAUUUUCGGCCUUCAAAACACGAAGUUUUGUUUUGUAGUGUUUUUUUCAUCUUGCAAACUUC